UCUUGCUAAAAUUCCCUUUUGUUCUUCCUUUUCUUCUCCGCUUAAAGUAUCUAAGUAAAAGUGAGGCAUACCAUUUCUCCUCCUUUUCAUUUGGUUUUUUGAAAUUCUUGUUUUUACCUUAGUUUGUACUAGAUUCCAUGGACAUCAAAGUUCUUUCCAGCGGAAUCCGGUUAUCUUCCCUCACUAAGAAGUACGUCCGACCUGAAUUGGAUCGGCCGAGGUUGUCAGUGGUCGCCCAGUUCAACGAUGUUCCAGUCAUCGAUUUGGGUUGCGGAGACGGAAACCUCGUGUCCAAACAAAUCGCAGAUGCCUGUUUCCACCAUGGAUUUUUCACGGUGAUAAAUCAUGGGGUACCUAAGAAAGUGAUAGACGACAUGUUGAAAGCAGCCGAAAAAUUUUCUGAGUUGCCGGUGGAGGAGAAGAAGAAGCUCUACUACUCCGACGACCUAUCAAAGACCAUGAGGCUAUCCACCAGCAACUUCAACUGGAGAGACCGUCUCAGACUUGAUUGCUUUCCAUGUUGUAAGAAGAAAUGCUCACCAGAAUGGCCUUCAAACCCCUCUUCUUACAGGGGUAUUGUGAGCAAUUAUGUAAUGGAAGUUGGAGAACUGGGAGUUAUGUUAGAAGAAGUGAUAUCAAAAAGCUUAGGUCUGGAAAAGAGUAGCAGCAUCCGGGAAGUGUUGGGCGAGCAUAUGGCCGUCAACUUCUACCCUCCGUGCCCAGAGACUACUUACGGUUUGCCAGGACAUACUGAUCCCAAUGCCCUCACCAUUCUCCUUCAAGACACGCAGGUUUCAGGCAUCCAAGUCCUCAAGGAUGGCAAAUGGUUGGCUGUGAAACCUCACCCAGAUGCCUUUGUUAUCAAACUUGGUGAUCAACUGCAGGCACUCAGCAAUGGCAAGUAUAAGAGUGUAGGGCUCAGAGCUAUAGUGAACAACGAUGACAGAGCAAGAAUGGUGGUCACGUCUUUCAAAAUGGAUAAUCACAGUAAUAGCAAUAUCACUGCAAUGCCGCCACUUGAAGCCCAUCAUCAACAACCUGCUAUGAUGCAUCAAUAUCCCCUCCCGCCAGCUUAUUAUCACGCUCCGCCGUACCCUGCACAUGAUCAGGCCACGCCACCACAUCAAGGGUCUGGAGUUUGGAGCAAAGUUCGUAAGUUGGGGGGACGUCUUGCAGCUGGAUUGGUCAUUAACGAAAUUGUUGAUCAACUCGAUGACUUCAAUAUAUAACAUUAUUUGUGCACUAUAUGUGCACGAACAGUAAUGGAUUGUUAGGAACUUUGUGUAAUAAAUUUGAUGAACUCAAUGACUUCGAUAUAUAACAUUAUUUGUGCACUAUUUGUGCACGAAUAGUAAUGGAUUGUUAGGAACUUUGUGUAAUAAAUUUGUACGAACUUUGUGUAAUAAAUUUGUAAGGACAAGAUGAAUAUUUUAAUUCGUACUUCAGUUAUUUUCUU